CAUCGGCUUUAGGACCCAGAUGCACAUCUCGACGCGGACACCGGUUGAUGUGAAAGCUUGCUCUACAGUAUCUUUUAUCUGCGAAAGGGUAUAGGAAAUAUUGCACAGUUUAUGGGAAAAAAACAGAAAAAAUACAUAUUGUGAAAGAGACGCCUGGCAUCCAAUAGACCUGAUUUAUCUGCCUACUUUAAUAAUAGUGCCUGACAGUCCAGCUGUUGUCUACAUUGGAAACGUGAAUUCUUCCACCGAGCAAAGGCAGGCAGGCAGGCAGCCAGAAGGCGCGUCGGUCUUCCUAAGCUCUGCCUCGCACCGAUCCCAUCAUGAGUCAGAGGUUUACGGUCACCUCUUUCUCCAAGGAAGAGGGCAAAUGCCUGCCGGCCACACAAGGCGAAGUAAACCAGCUCUUCGAGUGCGAUGAAUCUCCGCCGAGAUCUCCGACCGAAGCGGGCGCUGUACAGACGCAGGAUGUGGCCAAAGAUCCUGGACCCACAGAGGAGUGCCUUGCCAAAGGUGACGGAAACCCCAAGGAGAGCAGCCCCUUCAUCAACAAGUACGACGGCAAAAACAUGGCCCUGUUUGAGGCUCCACGAAUGGGCACCCUGAUGGGCGUCUACCUGCCUUGCCUGCAGAAUAUCUUUGGGGUGAUCCUGUUCCUGCGAAUGACCUGGCUGGUCGGCAUUGGAGGGGUGCUGGGGACCUUCGCCAUUGUCUUUAUGUGCUGCUCCACUACCAUGCUAACCGCAAUUUCUAUGAGUGCCAUCGCCACCAAUGGAGUUGUGCCUGCUGGUGGCUCCUACUACAUGAUCUCUCGAUCCCUGGGACCAGAGUUUGGGGGAGCGGUUGGCAUCUGCUUUUACCUGGGAACCACUUUUGCAGGCGCCAUGUAUAUUCUUGGGUGCAUCGAGAUACUAUUGAUAUACAUCGCUCCCCAAGCAGCCAUCUUCAAGUUGGAGGGUCUCGAAGGUCCAGAGGCGGAGGCAGCGUUGCUGAACAACAUGCGGGUAUACGGCACGUGUGUGCUUAGCUUUAUGGCCCUGGUGGUCUUUGUCGGUGUCAAGUAUGUGAACAAACUGGCCCUCGUCUUUCUGGCCUGCGUCAUCCUCUCCAUCCUAGCCGUCUACGCUGGGGUCAUCAAGACAGCCAUAGAGCCGCCUGACUUUCCGAUCUGUAUCCUAGGAAAUCGUACCCUGGUCUGGAAAGGCUUUGACGUGUGUGCCAAGGUUAUUGAGAAGGAGAAUGGCACUGUCACCACCAAGCUCUGGAGGCUGUUCUGUGACUCUGAGUUCCUCAAUGCUACAUGUGAUGAAUACUUUUUGAACAACAAUAUCUCUGAGGUCCAGGGUAUUCCUGGCAUCACAAGUGGAAUCCUUCGGGAGAACUUGUUUGGGAACUACUAUGAAAAGGGAAUGGUAAUCGAAAAGCAGGGAAUUCCAUCGACUGCAGACCCCGAUGCUCCCACAACCAAUAUGAAUCGAUAUGUCCUCGCUGACAUCACCAGUUUUUUCACACUUCUUGUUGGCAUCUACUUCCCCUCAGUCACUGGUAUCAUGGCCGGCUCCAACCGUUCAGGGGAUCUGAGGGAUGCUCAAAAGUCAAUCCCGAUUGGCACCAUAAUGGCCAUCACCACAACCUCCACAGUCUACAUGUCUAGUGUUUUCAUGUUUGGGGCCUGCAUUGAAGGAGUGGUACUGAGAGACAAGUUUGGUGAGGCAGUCAAUGGCAAUUUGGUGAUUGGCACGCUAGCCUGGCCAUCCCCCUGGGUCAUCGUAAUCGGUUCGUUCUUCUCCACCUGUGGAGCCGGGCUGCAGAGCUUGACGGGCGCACCGCGUCUCCUACAGGCUAUCGCCCGCGAUGGCAUCGUGCCCUUCCUCAGGGUGUUCGGUCAUGGCAAGGCCAACGGCGAGCCCACCUGGGCCUUGCUGCUCACUGCUUGCAUCUGCGAGAGUGGCAUCCUCAUCGCCUCCCUCGAUGCCGUCGCACCAAUCCUCUCCAUGUUCUUUUUGAUGUGCUACAUGUUCGUCAACCUGGCGUGUGCCUUGCAAACUCUCCUGCGUACCCCAAAUUGGAGGCCACGCUUCAAGUUCUAUCACUGGACGCUGUCUUUCCUGGGAAUGAGCUUAUGUCUAUCACUUAUGUUCAUCUGCUCUUGGUACUAUGCCAUCGUCGCCAUGGUGAUCGCUGGCUGCAUCUACAAGUACAUUGAGUUCCGUGGUGCGGAGAAGGAGUGGGGUGACGGCAUCCGCGGCCUGUCGCUCAGCGCGGCACGUUUUGCACUCAUGCGGCUGGAGGAAGGUCCUCCGCACACCAAGAACUGGAGGCCGCAGCUGCUGGUGUUGGCCGGCUUAGAUGCGGAGCAGGCCGUGGAACAGCCCCGCCUACUGUCGUUAACUAAUCAGUUGAAGGCAGGUAAAGGCCUGACCAUUGUGGGUGCAGCACUGGAGGGCACCUUCCUCAACAACUACCCCCAGGCCCAGCGUGCGGAGCAGUCCCUGCGAAAGCUGAUGGAGACUGAGAAGGUGAAGGGCUUUAGCCAGGUGGUCAUCUCGUCGAACAUCCGCGACGCCACGUCCCACCUCAUCCAAGCUGGAGGGUUGGGAGGUCUACAGCACAACACUGUGCUGGUGAGCUGGCCACGGAACUGGAAACAGGUUGAGGAUCAUCAGAAUUGGAGGAAUUUCAUUGAGCUCGUGAGAGAGACCACGGCUGCCCACCUGGCCCUCCUGGUACCCAAAAACAUUGCCGCUUUCCCAUCCAAUGGAGAGCGCUUCACCGAGGGAAGCAUCGACGUCUGGUGGAUUGUCCACGACGGAGGCAUGCUGAUGCUGCUGCCCUUCUUACUGCGCCAGCACAAGGUGUGGAGGAAGUGUAAGAUGCGCAUCUUCACUGUGGCCCAGAUGGAUGACAACAGCAUCCAGAUGAAGAAAGAUCUGACCACCUUCCUGUACCACCUGCGUAUCGACGCCGAGGUUGAAGUUGUGGAGAUGCAUGACAGCGAUAUCUCAGCCUACACCUACGAGAAGACCUUAGUGAUGGAGCAGCGAUCCCAAAUCCUCAAGCAGAUUAAUCUCACCAAGAACGAGCGUGAACGCGAAAUACAGAGCAUCACGGACUCCUCCCGGGGUUCCAUCCGUCGCAAAAACCCCAGCGCUGUGAGCACGCAGCUGAGCGUGACCGAGGAGCAGCCCAGCAGCAGUGAGCAGGAGAAGCCCGAGGAGGAGGUGCAGCUCAUCCACGACAAGAACACCGCAGCAACCCCAACCAGCCUGCAGUCACCCACCGAGAGCGUCGGGACCCCUGGGGACAAGGUCCACAUGACGUGGACGGAGAAGUUCGAUGGUGACAAAGGAAAGCCGCCCGGAGCUGGUACCCCAGAGGGCAUCAAGGAUAUAUUCAACAUGAAGCCGGAGUGGGAGAACCUAAACCAGUCCAAUGUGAGACGCAUGCACACAGCUCUGAAGCUGAAUGGAGUCAUCAUUAAGAAGUCCCAAGAAGCCAAACUGGUCCUCCUAAACAUGCCAGGACCACCCAGAAACCGGACUGGUGAUGAAAACUACAUGGAGUUCCUAGAGGUCUUGACUGAAGGUCUCAAUCGGGUCCUCCUUGUGCGUGGUGGAGGACGUGAGGUCAUCACUAUUUACUCCUGAGAGAUCGGCCCAGCAUUCCACAACCCGCCCCCUUCUCUCCUCUUCAUUGCUACCUCCCCACAGACUGACCCAUCGCUAGCUGACCCAUUCGAUAGCAAUAGCCCAGACGCUAGCCCUACAUCGCUGUUCGCCCCAUACGAUGUGACACAAUUCACCUUCUUACCCAACACGUUUCUUCUCUCACCAAUUUCCACCAUCCACUUCCCAUUUGGUCUCCUUAGAUGUAACUCACCGUACAACGUCAUAAGCAGCUGACGGCUGAGGUGCCACUGGCCCUGUCUCUCACUUCUCCUGUGGCUGAUUAAUGAGGCUUCGGCUUGCCUGUUUACCAGCUGUCUAGUCAUCGCAUAAUACAUCAGCACAUAUCACAGAUGCCAGCCAGUCCUCUGCCAUUCAGCUGCCAAAUACCUACACUGUUGCUCCAGACACAGCCAGGAGGUGCGUACUUCUCUCCCCAUCGCUCUACCUGCCCUGCCACUCAGACUGGUAUUUGUGGAAGGGGUUCAGUGGGAGUUUGAGAUCAUGGGGAAAAUUUCUCCCCCCAAUAUUUCGGUUGAUUUCGGUUUGAUAUUAAACGAGGCAUUUUCAGCAGACAUUUCAGGAGCGUUGAGAAGGAUUUGUGGAUUAAAAUGGCUUUAGGGAAGUGAAGAUUCUUUGGGGAAUGUCAUCUGUUAUGUAGUUGUCUUCCUGUAAAAUGCCUGUGGUGGAGUUCAGUUACCCCAAAAUGAUUCGUAAUUCGAAGAAAACUCGCCAUAACUUCCCCUGCACUUUCCCGGUACCCCCCAGUCUCAGUUGCUGUGUGACGGGGAGCCAUUGCGACCAACUGGUGCAGACAGUGAAAGAACAGGAGAGUCACUGCCAUAUAUGAGGUUUCCUCUUUGGGAAUGGCGAAUCUUCCCAUUGGCAGCUUAUGUGCCAUGGUCAACCCUACUGUCAAGAGGUUCCAUGACGCAAGUCAGAGUGGACAUGUCAGGUGGCACCCAAGGAGUGUCCUGCACGGUUCCGGUCCCUAAGAUUCAUCCUUGAACGUUACACAUUAGAUGGCUGCCAGAUAUAUGCACUGACUGUGUUUUGCUUUCAUUCUCGGAGCUAUACCUGUACUCUAAGUGGCGCAGACCUCAACGGCCAUGAAGUUGAGCACCAGUAAAUGCAGUGCCAAAAAUGCCUGGGAAAGGGACACACCGUCGCACAGCAAGACGGCAUUCUUGCAAACCCCUGUGAAGGACAGAAGCAAGAGCAAGAAAGUGUGCAAUCCUGAUGUCAACAUUUCUGUGAGAUGCAUCCACCCCUGACCCCAUUUGCGGAUUUCUGUAAAUAGUGUACAAACUCAGAUGCAUAGUUAAAUAUCAAUGUAGUAUUUUUGUGACUAAGAGCUUCAAGCACAUGCAGUGUUUCGAAGCGGCUUUGUUCUUCUCACUAUAGUAAAUGUUACGGUAUCUUUGACACAUCUGAAUGGUUAUACACUGUGCAUUGAGUGAUUGCUCCACUGUGCAAAUGAAAAUACUUCACGUGAAUUAGGUGGCACAUUGAACAUGUCUCCUACAGAAAAUCCAGCAGUGACUAAUCGCACUACAUUUGCAAUGUGUAUAAAGACACCAGCUAUACAAAAAUGAUUUAUACAAAAAUUAAUUCUAUAAAAGUUUAUAAAGUCUAUAUAAAUAUAUCUUGGACUAUUAGAAAUUAUAGAUAACUGACCAUUAAUAUAUUUUUUAAGAUAAACAUUUAUCUAUUUAUUUAUUCAUGUAUUUAUUUAUUUAUUUAUUGGGAGUAUAUUGCCAAACAUAGUCCUGUCUGUUGAGCCAUAUAAAAAUUAUUUUAAUAUAUUUACCCUAAUGAUAUGCAACAGAUGUCAAUUGGCAUAUCGGAAUCAAAUACAGAAUUAUGUGGUUAUCCUACAUAUGCAGAAGCUAGGGAUGUAUUACCAAACAUAUGGAAAAGCUUUCAGUACUUGUUCAAAUAACUAAUAGUUUAGUUAAAAGUUAUUUAAAUUAUAAAAUCUUUGGAACAAAUAGCAGUUACUAUUAACAAUAAAUUUUCAAUGAGAUUUCCCAGAAUGCCCAUCUGGGAAUAUAGGAAACAUGUGCUCCUAUUUUAAAAUGAAUGUACAAGUAGUUAAUAUGGACACAUCUCUUGUUUUAUUUUUAUACAAAUCCUAUAUGAGUAGAUUUCAUAUAAUAUUAUUAAUUUAUUAUUAGCGAACAAUCGCAACUAUGUACUCUGAAGGGAAGUAUGAGGCAUGGUACCCAUACCUGAGUAUAUAAAAGAGUUUUUAUGAGGAGAAAUUAUUUAUAGAGCUGUUAAACAAGGGAUUUUUAUGUUUGUUUGGGUAAAUCCGGUGACAUGGCUAAAAAUAUAAACAUAUACAAAGAAAUUGUUGUUGCAAAUGCUGCUAAUAUAAAUAAUGAAAUUCAUAUAAUACAUAAAGUAUACAUAAAUAGAGAAUUCUCCCAGAGCUACUUAUCAAUGUAUGUGGUGUGUAUAAUUUUACCAAACCAGGUUUGAUUUUGAAAUAUAAGAGCUUUUUCCUCAAAAGAAAAUAUCAAGUAUUAACUUAUGAUGUAAAGUUAACCCAUGGAGCCAGGGAGCAACUGAAGUCCCCACAAGUGAAAUUAUUUAAGGUGUUUUUCGUUUUUAACUGAAGCUGUGAGAAUGUCCCCUUGCCACAGAUCUGGAGCGAUUGUUCCAUGCGCUUCACAUUCCUAGGUUGCAUCUGAAGUUACUCCCUUCGGUUUUGCUUCAAAGCUCCUCGAAGACUGCUGUUGUUGGAUUUCUGCGUUUAAACAGCUACACUGUUUGCACUCUUUGUCCAUCGGCAUACGCUUAACGUCGAUAAACAGAAAACUGUGGUAAUAUUGACUCGCAUGCAUCUGGAGCUGUAGUUCCUUUGCCUGAAGUGGAUAUCUGAUAUCAAAUUUAAUGAAAUUGAAAGACAACAGGAAAUUUGUAGUCUGGACUAAGCUUUUCUUUCCAAUUCAGGCCAAUGCAAAUGCAAGACACACUUUGCCAGAAACCUGUGUUUCAUCUACAUCAAACGUCAUCACAUUUUUAAUGAAGUACUACCUGACGCUAAAUGCUACUCACAAUUAUUGCUAGAUUACUAGGUGGUUGGAGGGAAAAAAGACAAUGAAUUUGCUUAGUUAGUGUUUUACAAUUCCCUUUUGCAUGGUAUUUGUGGCUGUGCUUGUUUCUGUGGUUCCUUUGAUGUGGCAAAUUUAAGUGUAAGACAGGAAAGCAUGGAGAGAGAGAUGCCCGCUGGGCACAGUGCCGCUGGGCACAGUGUUGCUGGCCGGUGUCCUUGUGGGGACUUAGGAAAAGUGUGAUCACAGUAUUGUAUUCAGUCCUGUCUUAUUGUUAUUUACAUAAUGUAACAGAGAUGAAUGAGUAUUGUAAGAAGGGGAGUGAAUGCUCCUGAAAUUUUCACCAGUCAGGCUUUGUAUAUAAUGCUGCAGGAUAUUAGAGCUUUUUCUCACAAUUUGACCUUCUUUGUUUUAUUAUUGUAAAUGUAUCCUUAGGAAGAUAUUUUAUUGGUUUAGUGCAAGUAUUUUCUUUUUUUAAUUUUGCCUAGAAAGAGACGUUAACUUGCUAACUGUAUUGUAUGAAAUAUGAAUAUCUAUCAUUGUGGUUACAUUAAUAAACAGAAGAACUGACAGAAUGUUCCUGCCGUGCUCUGAAAGAUUCAUGCUUUUUUAGAAAUAAAAAAAAUCUCCUCCGUGAUGGCUGUGAGACACACCGAAAAGCACUUUAUACAGGGCUUAACUUUUUGUAGAUAAAGAACUAUACAUUUAUGAAGCGGGAAUAAGCAAAAAAAAAGUCCCCUUUUGUGUCUUUCAUUUAAAUAGCUAUCUUAACCGUAAUCUCCCCCUAGUGGACGCAGUGCAUAAUGCAGGCUGUGACCACGAUGCCGAACUUCGGAAGAAUACACAUGUGCAAUUCUUUAUUAAGUGCAAAACCUAUUAUUUUAACUCCUGUAACAAAAGGGUGCUUGAGAUGAAAGACGGGGCUUGUAAUGACAGGAGUUAUUUUCCAUGAUCACAUUUCCUGUGCAAAUGACAGAGACAAAAAGGCACACUUCAAAGUCAUGUACUUGUAACAUUACAUGUCAUUAGCUGUGUUGUGAACCACCUGUCACAAGCAUCUCACAACCCUCCAGAAACCCACCCCUGAUCUCUCUGCACUGUAUUCACAUGUGGUUGCAGUAUAAUUCUUAAAUAUUGAUCAAAGACUAUAAAUGAGCGCUUCCAGAAUGGGCCUGGGCUUUGCUGGAACUGUGUCUACUGACCCCACAGCCCAUCCUCCCUACCGUUGUAGCACAGUAACCCCCCAUCCCCAAAUAUCUGCAAUGGGACACUAUCUCAGCACUCUCUCCCUUUUAUCUAUGGGCGGGGGACAGACCAUCAAAAUUAAUCGUGGUAAGGGCUGUAGUGUUACACUUGCUGCCUGAUUCCGUUUGGAAAGGUAGCCAAGUCCAGGGAGAUCUGGUCCACUAGAUACCCACCAAGAAGCAGAGGACUCUCUGCAUUCUUGCCCCCGGUCGGCCCCCUACUGCAGCUCCAGCACAGCGCCAGGCCCCUUCGUUUGUGUCACUUGAUGCAUGCUUCUGAUUAAUUAGGUGUAUGUUACUCUUAUUACUGUCUUUAUCCACAUUCUGUAUUUUAUUUUUCACUUGUUGAUUUAGCUACAAUACAGGCUUGUAAUUGUGAGCUCUUUUUAAAAAAUAUAUAUAUAAAAAAAUUGGUCAAUCAGUGGAAUCGUUUAUCAAUAUGUCAGCUACAGGCUUGUUUUUUUGUUAAAUAAAACAAAAUAUAUAUA